GACAUAAUUUUGAGGUUUGCUACAUGGAUCAGAGCAUUGGUAAUUUGGAGUGGCAGUGAUUCACAUUCACUCCUCAUAAACCAUUGAAAUCAGUUCUUCUUCUGGCCAAUGAUUGCAAUCCACUUACGGAAAAAUAAAAAACCUACCUGGAUGAAAAGAUCACAUCAACCCAUUGCCUGCAGAAAUUGCCAAGACUGGUAUAACAAAUUCUGAUUAAGUCAAAUGUCACCAAAUUUCCUUGAUUUUGGAAGUCAGAAAAAUGGACUGUGAGAUUUUGGAGAUCACACUACGGAAGAACAACAGUUAUUAAGGACAGUGUACUGUAUGAGGAGAAAAAAGAUAUUGCUUUUCACCAAACUCAGUACUGAACAAGCUGUCACAGUGAGAGACUUCAGAGAAUUAAGAAACAUUUAUUAAUUCUUAAUAUGAGUCUUGGAAAUUUUACAUUAUGCACAUGAAUUAUUUUUAUCCGCAAAUGGUUGUGUUAUGAAAAUAUGGUGCUGAUAACAGCAUUUUGGAGAGGUGGGCUUAAAGUAUUGGUAAAAAGAAAAGCUCUGCUACCUUACAUUCAUGUUGUUCUCUGAGUGUGUCUGCAGUUCAAAUGUAAAAUUAAAGCAUGAAGAGGACGUGCCAAGCUGAUCAUUUUUGAAAUGGUGGUUCUGCAGAACUGUAAAGGCAAGAGUACCAACAUUGUAAUGAAAAUGAGAUUAUAAAAGUGCUGUUUUUUGAGUGGAUUCCUUCAAGCUGCAAGGCACUGGAUUAACAUGAGCAAACUUGUUCUAUUUCAGGUACUGAACUAUGCCAUUCCAUUUCUCUGCAUUGCAUUUGUUCUCUGCAGUUUCAAACUGCCCAUCCAGUUCAGUAGUUUGACAGGCUGUAAAACUGAAUAACAAUGUGUUUUCUAGGCACAGGUGAUAAAAUAGAUUUAUUUUGUGUACUACAGCAUUACUGGAACUGUAAACUUUAGCUAUAAAAUAUUUUUAUAUACAUUCAUUAAACUUUAAGAUUUUCUUGAAAAAAUCUUCUAAUCAGAGGAAAGCAGAAAACCAUUCAUUUGUAGGAAUUAUUUAUAGACUUCUAAGAGGGAAGCUAGCAAUAUUACUGAAGCCUAAUUAUUAACUUUUGGUAAUUAUUCCAUUUGGUUCUUCUGCAAGACGUGUAUCACUCUGACAGAUUUGCCAGCUGGUGGACUAUGUUAAUUUGUGCCUUUUUUUGUUGUUGUUGUUUAGUUUACGUAGGAACAGUUUUGUAUCUCGCUCUUCUUGAAAUAGCUUUUUAUUUGAGAAUUUCAGUUGAAGCCAAACAAUACCAGUUUUUUUUUUUACAAGUGUCAUGAAAUAGGUGGGAGCAGAAGUUACCUGGUUUUGGAUGGAUUUUAUUCUCAUAUUUGGCUUUCCAAUUUAAGUAUAGAGGAUGUCAGAGUUACUGAUCCAUUGCCAUUGUGUUUAUCCAGAUUUUUGUCAAGAUAAUCCUAGUAAAUAAUUUGUAACCAAUUACAGAACUAAGGAAAAUCUAUUAAUUCAUGUUCAAACGAGCCCAAAUGGAAUUCUUUAAGCAUGUUGAUUUUUUUUUUGUCAUGUAUUCAACUAAAAUCACUGCAUGAGUUUUAGAUUUUGCAUGGGUACCUUGUCUGAAAGCACAGGCAUGAACCAGCAAUGCCACAGCCCAAAUCUUUAAGCUAAUGCAGACUUAUGCCAUAAUAGAGGUGCAUGCAUACAGUUCCUCACACCUCUCUCUUGUGUGAUAUAACUGCUUUGGGUAGGUUUGACAUUUGCAGCAGUUGAGAAUCCUCUUUUUUUAGUUAAGUGUAGUAUUUUGGGGGGAUGCUUUUAACUCACUGAAAUAAAACUGCAGUGAUAUUGAUAUAGUAAGCUCUGUUAGAGAACCGGGAUACUGUGGCCUGAAAUUUGCAUCCCUUCCCUUUUUCUCCCCCCCAAAAUAUACAUACUCUUAAAAGGCCUGCAAUAAAUUGGCAAGAUAAUAAAGACAUCAGUGCAUAUACAUUAAUUACUGAUGUGAAAUAUCAGAUUUCAUAAAAAUCGUGGUAUCUUUUUAUGCUUGUGUCUCGCCCCAAUUUAUAGGAGGGAGAUGAGGUUCUUUAAUAUCUGUAUACCCGGUGUGAGAUUAAGAAACAACGGUUCAUAUGUUGUUGCAUCCAGUUUAUUACUAAGACCUAAUCAGGGAGACGGGAAAGGGAAGGAGGGCGAUAGAAAAGAUGGAAAAGAAGCAGGAGUUGCGUAAAGCGGGGAUAGUCACCAGCAGGAUCCAGCAGCGGUCCCGUUGCACGGUGUUUGAAGGUCCCGGGCAGAACGCAGCAGAAGACGGGGAGCAGCAGCGCGGCCGGCCUUGAGCAGCAGGCAGGUAGUCGAGGAGCCAAUUCUUGAAGCAGCAACAGCGGUCAGGCAGCAGGCUCAGGAGAGUUCAACAGUAUGCAGGAAUCACCUCAAUCUUCAGGAAUCCCUCUAUCUUCCGGAAUUCCUCUCUCCGUUCUUCUUCAUGAGGGAUCUCUUGUCAGAAAACCCUCCCGUUCUUCAUGAGGAAUCUGUUGUCAAAAAUCCUGCGUUCGUCAUGAGGAAUCUGUUGUCAGAAACCUCCCGUUCUUUAUGAGGAAUCUGUUGUCAGAAACCUAUCCUCAUGGUUUUCAGUUCCUCUUUUACCCUCCUUGUUCUCCUGCCUACGUGACAAGGAUGGGCCUCGAGCAAGAGUCAUUGAGUACCUCCUGAGAUGGCCAUCAUCCGGAGAUAAGCCCACACAAAGGAGCACUUCACAGCUAUUCAGCUGCAGUUCAUCUCGCUCUCGUUGCCCCUGGCCUUGUCCAUCUGCGUUCCCCCAAAGGAUCUCACAACCUUUGCCCAGGACUUGCCUGAACUUGUUCAUCUGUGUCCUUCAAACAAAGGAUUUCACAAUCCUUGCUCGGGACUUGAACAAGUCCCUCUGUGUCCUCAGCAAGCUUUGAGACACAGAAGUUAACAGUAUAGUCUCUUACAGCUUGUACUCAACCAUGUUAAUUACAAAAGAUUUCUACUGUCCAUAUCAUCGUGACCAAGAAUCAGGGCCUGCUGGUCAAGAAAGGUGGCUCAGAAAAGGGUGUCUGCUCUCUAGCAGUGGAGGUCAUGAGCAUUUGGGACAGUACAUCUGAGUACAUGCUUCAGCAGUUUGCCCUCAAAAAGGGUGUGGCCGUAGACGUCCUUGGCACUUUCUACAUCCUGAGAAAGCGCAUCUGCGAGGGGACCAGGCCCAUGAUUGUCCCCAGGUUCCACCUGUCACAACGAGUGGCACAGGCCCAGGGGCUCAUCUACACCAACAGCGACAUUCCUGACGAUCUCAAAGUCGUCCCCCUGGACUAUUCCCAGCUGUCCCUGAAGACAUCCUUGCCAGAGAAGCUGGUGAAGGAGUGCGUGAAUGACAUCGUGGUCCUCUUCAGCUGGGGCGCAGGGCUGGGAGAGGACUACGACCUUGUUUUCAAGGGCAUUGGGGUUCUCAUGAGCCGGAAUCGGAUCCUCACAAUGAGGUACCGUGAGGAGUUUCUCCUUGCCAUUGAUCAGACAGGAGCUGCGCUGAAGUGUCUGCUCGCUAACCCGCAGACAGAGGUCUGUGUGCUAUCAGGCAGGGAACCGGCUGCUUUCCAUGUGUGUCCCGGGGGCAUCCGUGUGCUUCCAGGGUUUAAAAUUAAGCUGCCUUCUGAAAUAAAAGCCGGAGAGCUCUCCCCUGACAAGGAAGCCGAUGAGAAGGAAGGUGCACAGAGCUACCAGGAUAAGUACCUGCACCAGCAAAAGACACAGCCACCACACCAUCAGAAAGGGGACAGGGCUAUAGAAGGGAAUCAAAAGCACAGAAGGACGCCUAUGGACAAUGGUAUCUUCAGCCAGCUGUUAGCAGGCCUGAAGUCCAGGUCUGACGCUGAAGAAGGGGGAGUCAGGGAAGACGUGUAUAAGGAGCAGGAGAAAGAAGGUAAAGCAAUGGAUGAGUCCCUACACGGGCCAGCAGGUUUCUGCACUACCAGAGGACGGAGGCCAAGGCUGCCCGACGAACACCUGUGCCUCCCAGGGAGCCGCAAGCACCCCACAGCCCAGCGGAGGCUGCCCCCUUUGACUCUGCCGGCGCUGCCCACCAAAGCCCUCCGAGGAGAGCCAGCACCCAGCGCCCCGCGUCCAAAGAGGACAGAGUUUUCCCACGCACCAUCUGGCACCCAGGGGUCAGCCAAGCUGCUCCGAAAACUCCGUGGGGAAGAAGGUCAAGCUGAGGAGGGUGAGGGAGACGGCAGGGCAGCAGGGAGCCGCAAGCACGCCCAGCGGAGGCUGCCCCCGGUGACAGUGCUGGAGCUGCCCGCCGAUGUCACCCAAGCACAGCCAGCACUGGGAGCCCCACGCCCAAAGAGUGCGCUACCAGCAAUUGAGGGGAGCUCUUCAAAGGCGGGCAAGAGGAGAAAGAUGCGCCAGUGCAGGGAGAAAACUGAAAUUCCUGCUUGCAAAGACCAUCAGCGAGUAGGACAGGAGGUCUGCUACCUGUGUUUGCAGCAAGAGCAUCAUCGCCUGUGGGCAGCCAUGCUGGAGGAGAAGGAAAAGAAAGAAAGGGCUGAGCGGGCAGAGCUGCAGGACUGGAAGACCAGGAUGGCAGCCUUGAGCCAGCGGAGAGCACGUGCUGCAUGGGAGUGGGAGGUUGCCAAAACAGAGAAAAAGGAGAGCUUAAGAUACAGCAGAAAUUACCUGGAAUCCCUCUGCCCCACUCCUCCAGGCUACAUCCGGAGGAUGGAGUAUGACCGUGAGCUCCAGGAGAGGAGGGAGGUGUGGGAAAAGGAGCGUCGGAGAGUACCAGCGAAGAUCCCACUACGGCAAUAAGCAUGGGCAGCUCCUGCCGCGUCCUGGCUCAGGGGCAGAGAGCUGGUGUUGAGCCAGGGCCCCCCACAGAUGGGGCUGAUGUGCAGGCUGGAGCAGGAGGGGUCCGAAAGCAACUCUGUGCCACUCUUGCUGCCACAAGUGCCGAUGGCCCUCCCACCGCCAUGCCAGGGAAGGGUAGAACCUGGUGGGCAGAGCAGAAGACCAGAGAACAGCAAAGCCCCCCCAGAGCUUGCAGCAGGAGCACACCUACUUCCCGUGGAGCACAAGAGCAGGCCAGUGCUUCACCUUCACACUGUGGCUGCAGGCCAAAGGAGCGUCACCUGCCUGGGAGCAUGGGAACAGACGAAAGACCAGUCAGAGCAGAAGCUGCAGAGCAAAAUAAGUAGCAUGAGAAGACAUGCUGAGAACCGAGGACAUCUCCAGAAUGCACGGGAGAAAGAAACUAUACAACUGUCAGGGAAUUGUAACCAUUUCUGCCCACCAUGACUGUGAGCUGCUUGCUCUGCAUACAAAGCUUCGGAGCAUAGAGAACAGCGGAAAAUUACUGGGUUAAGCUAGCGUGGGUCAACAGCCGUUCCCCCUCCUGUUUGUAUGCUCCCUUCAAGCACUGGCAGGCCACAGUGAGGUCUCCCCAGAAACCGGUUUGAACAUCAUGUUGUUUGUAACGUUAGCUAUUCCAUCUGGGAAGUGGCUGUUUGUAACAUCAGCUAUUCCAUCUGGGAUGUCAGUGUCAAAAUUCAAGUCAUGUUGCCCAGUAUGUAUCGUGAGGAAUAAAGGAAUGCCACUUUCUAACACCA